GGCGUCUACGUGGUGAGGUUUGGAACCUCUAACCUGGCUGUACACCUAUCACCAUGGUCGAGCCCCGCACUGGGAAGGAGACUAGUCCCUACACCCCUGAGCAACAAGCGAAGAUGGCCGCCGUAGUAAAAGAGAAUAGGGACAGGAAAGAGCGUGAGAAGCAGGCGAAGCUAAAGGCUAUCGCAGACGAGCGGGCGGCGAAGAUGAAGGAAGUAGAGGAGGAGAUGAAGAAGAAGGAGCAGGCUGCUGAAGAAGAAGCGGCAACAGAAGAGGAAAAAGAAAAAAUGAGGAUUGAGAGCAGACAGGGGAGUAGUGGCACGAAAAAGGACACAGACGCUGAGAUUGAGAAGAAGAUCAGUGAGGAGUUUGCGCGCGAAAUCGUCACCCACAUUGGGGGCGAAGUGAAACAGUUGAGGGACAACGUAGGCAAGUACUGCGAAGGCGCCAUUGAGGGUGCCAAAGCCAUAGCUGCUGCAGAGGGCGAGCGUCGACCCCGUAAGGAGCCUGUAAAGCUCAAGUUCCCAGACGCGUACGGGGGAAAGAAGGAGGAGAACUUUGACAACUGGGAGGCCAGUGUCAACAGUUAUAUUUACUUGCAGCAUAUCCUAACAGAGGAGCAAGUCCUCGUGGCCUUUCAGGCCCUCAAAGAUGACGCGGCUAGUUUCGCCAGGUCUCUUGCGCGUACAGCCGGUUGUGAAAACAACCUGGUUGCAUAUUCUAAAGUCACCCCUCUUUCCCAAUUCCUCAAGCUCCUCAGGGAGCGUUUCGUUGACCCAACGCGAGGCAUAAGAGCCUUUGACAAGCUCCAAACGAUCCACUCACGGCAGUGGAGGAGUGCCAAGGCACUCAAGGGUACCAUGGACGACUUGGUAGCCGUCCCGGACCAUGGGGUCACUGUGCCCCAGUUGGUCCAGUUGUUUUAUCGUGCCAUUCCAGAGGCCCUACGCGGGCAUUUGUUUGACAAAUCUCAGCAGGCCGGCAUCACUUACGAUGCAUUGAGUAGAGAAGCCGUCCUGUAUGAGUCGAAGUCUAUGCCAGUUACCACUUUCUGGCAUACGGACCUGGAGAAGGGGAAGAAGUGGAAGGAUCGUACCAUCUCGGACCAAGUCAAGGCCAAGGAUCACUUGAUCCUGACAUUAGAGGAGGGUGGUACAGAAGAGGUCCCAUAUGAUUAGAUUGAGUGGGGCCUAGGGGAGGAGUACAGUAGUGUAGGGCAGGGGAGGUCUUACGCUGCUGUCGCGGCCGGAGGGAGGCCGCAAGGUAGAGGAGGAGGCCAGGGCCAAAGGGGCCAGGCCAUGGGAGGCCGAGGACCGGGCGCACAGGGGGUUGGCGGACAGGGAAACCGCUAAGCGGGAGGUCGGGGUCAAGGACCCCCGUUAAAUCGCCAGGGUAAUCGGUCCCCGCAGCGAGGAGGUGGAAGGGCACCUCAAGGAGGAUAGCACCCAGGCUUGCCACAGGGAAGGCCCUGGGAAGACCUGGGCUUGGACCAGCGAUUAUGGCAGGAAAGC